UAAAUUUGAAAAAUAAGUAUAAUUUGAAAUGGGACUCGGGUUCAAUUAGAUAUUUGGGGGUGAACAUUCCAAUAGACUUGACAACUUUGUUCUCACUUAACUACCUUCCCUUGAACAAAAAGAUUAGGGAAGACAUAAGGAGAUGGGAUCUUUUACCUUUUCUUAAUUUCGGAUCACGAGUGGAAUCGGUCAAAAUGGUUAUUUUGCCGAAAUUGAUGUAUCUCUUUCAAUCUCUUCCAAUAGAUAUACCCGACCAACAAUUUCAGGAGUGGGACAAGCUUAUUUCAAGGUUCAUUUGGCAGGGACGAAGGCCAAGAAUUAGAUACCAGAGAUUACAAUUGACAAAAAUCAAGGGCGGGGUUUCUCUCCCAUGCUUAAAUGACUACUAUACCGCUGCUCAACUGAGGCCAUUAAUAUGCUGGUGCAACCCAGAUUAUCGUGCUAGAUGGAAGGAGAUUGAGGGUGCUAUGUCAGAUAAAUUUCCAAUUCAGGCUGCAAUUGGGGACAAGGAUUUGUUAUACAAUUUAAAGGAAUUGGGAAACCCAUGGAUCUGUUUGUCACUUAAGAUAUGGAACAAGGUAAUAGCUCAAAGUAACCUGAAGGAUGGGGUAAAGGUCUUGAGAUGGUGUGCGUUUGAUACAGAUUUUUUGCCUAAUAGAUGGGACGCAAGAUUUAAGAGAUGGACUUCGCAAGGCUUAACAGCAUACUGUACAUUUUUGCAUAAGGGGACUAUGAAUAGCUUUCAAAAUCUGAGGAGGCAAUUUGGCUUAGAUAAGGAUGAUUUUUACAGAUUCCUUCAGGUCCGGCAUUAUAUUGACCAAAUGCAGAAGAGGUGUACAAUAGUAGGCGGGGAUAACAUUCUGUUAAAAGUGUUUAUAGAGGCUUAUCUUGUUGGCUCUAACCGGAAGCUCAUCUCAAGAAUAUACAAGGGGCUACAACAAACAAAAGGUAGUUCAAUGUCUGUAAAGCAAAAAUGGGAACAGGAAGGAAAUUUUGUCUUAAAUGAAGAAGAUUGGGAGAACUUAUGUGAGAUACAGUGGAAAACUUCCAGUUCAUCUUUAUGGCAAGAGUUUUGCUGGAAAAACCUUAUAUCAUGUCAAAUACUUGUUUCAGAUCUUAAGUGCUGCUAGUAGAAAAGCUAUUACUAGAAGGUGGUUAAAACCAGGAAAACCCACCAUGGAGGAAUGGAUUGACAUUAUCUACGAUAUUUUCAAGAUGGAAAGGAUUACUUUUGCUUUGAGACUGCAACAGGGAACUUUUUUG